AGUGUCUCCUCGCCAGGCGCGCUCGCCGCGUCUCCCCCGCGGCCGCAGCUGCUCGCUAUCCCUGCGCGGCGCGGAAGAGCGCAGUGGCGCCGGCGGGAAAGGGUUGUGGACCUGCGGCGCCGCGUUGUGCGCUAGACGACGCGGUCCCGGCUUCGACGCCCUCUGCCCGUUCCAGGAGCAGUAAGAAGACAUGUUGGAUAACCAGAAGAGGUGUAGAGUUUGCAUGUAUCAACCGUGGCCUUAAUGAGCAUGUUGACAGCAUCGAUGCUAGACAGACAGUCUUUUUACUGCUGGAUUGUGCAAGAUAUUUAACCCUAUUUUGUUUGAAUUAUGACUUAAAUAUCAAACAUCUUAACUAAGAAAAGGGAAACAUUUUAGUUUUGGAAGUCAGAAUGCCAAGGAAAAGGAAAAAUCUUGGGGGAAAUCCUUUUCGGAAGACUGCAAACCCUAAGGAAGUUAUCGUAUCCAGUGUUGCUAGUCGUGAGGAGCCAACCACUACUCUUCCUUCCAUGGGUGAGACAAAAGUUGAUCAGGAAGAACUCUUCACCAGUAUCUCAGAGAUGUUUUCUGAUCUGGAUCCUGAUGUAGUGUAUUUGAUGCUUUCUGAAUGUGAUUUCAAAGGGAACAUUAAUUGGGUGCUUACUAGGUGCCAGUUCUUGUGCACAGCACUUUUUCAUGGAUUAUCUCAUUUAAUCCUCACAACAACCUAUGAGUUGAAAAUGCUAUGGAUUGUCUGUUAGAAUUAUCUGCCACUGAUACCAAGAUAGAAGAAUCAUCUUCACAAAGUUUUGUUGCUUCUGGGAACCAAGUAGGUGCAGCAGAAAGUGAAAUAAUGGAAAAACGUCCUGAAGAAGAGAGUGAAGAUUCAAAAAUAGAUUCAUUUUUGAACAUGCAGCUAACUGAAGACCUGGAUUCCUUAAUACAAAAUGCUUUUGAGAAAUUGAACUCUUCUCCUGAUGACCAAGUAUACUCAUUUUUGCCUUCACAAGAUGUUAAUAGUUUUAAUGACCUGAGUGAGUUUGUAAAUCCUGAUUCAAGUAAUAUGACUUCCAUUUUUUCUACACAAAAUAUGAAUUUGAACAGUGAAAAUUUAGACAAUUCUGGCUCUACGUUAAGUUUAAACCCAUUACCUUCACAUUCAGUUUUGAGCGAGUCCAAAUGUUUUAUAAAGGAUAACACAUUGGCUUUGGAAAGUAACUACCCAGAAGAUUCUCUUCUCAGUAGUUCUUUAAAUGUAGCAAGUGACUCCAUCGUGGGCUGUAGCAGUCUCAAUCAAAAACAGAAAGAACUUUUAGAAUCUGAGUGUGUUGAGGCUCAAUUCUCUGAAGCUCCUAUAGAUUUGGAUGCCAGCGAACCUCAGCCUUCUUUAAACCUUCCAGGGCUUGAUCUACCAGGUACGGGUGGGGAUCAGAAAUCUACUUGGGUUUCUGAUGUUUUUCUGCCUUCUGAAGGGUUCAACUUCAAGCCAUACAAACAUCCUGAACUGCCAACUAAGGGGAAGGAUGUGAGUUACUGCCCAGUACUUGCUCCUCUCCCCUUACUGUUGCCUCCUCCACCACCUCCACCGAUGUGGAAUCCAAUGAUUCCUGCUUUUGACCUCUUCCAAGGAAACCAUGGCUUUGUAGCUCCUGUUGUAACCACAGCUGCACACUGGAGAUCUGUGAACUACACAUUUCCACCCUCAGUUAUUUCUCACACUUCCCCAACAAAAGUAUGGAGAAAUAAAGAUGGAACAAGUGCUUAUCAAGUACAAGAAACCCCAGUUUCUCAGGUUGUAAGAAAGAAGACAUCUUAUGUUGGACUAGUUCUUGUUCUUCUCAGAGGUCUUCCAGGAUCUGGAAAAUCUUUUUUGGCAAGGACUUUGCAAGAGGAUAAUCCAAGUGGAGUCAUUCUUAGUACUGAUGAUUAUUUUUAUAUAAAUGGACAGUACCAGUUUGAUGUAAAGUACUUAGGAGAAGCACAUGAAUGGAACCAGAAUCGUGCAAAAGAAGCAUUUGAGAAGAAGAUAUCUCCUAUAAUUAUAGAUAAUACAAACCUACAGGCAUGGGAAAUGAAACCAUAUGUUGCUUUGUCUCAGAAACACAAAUACAAAGUCCUUUUUCGGGAACCAGACACAUGGUGGAAGUUUAAACCAAAGGAACUUGCAAGGCGUAACAUUCACAGGGUAAGCAAAGAAAAAAUAACAAGAAUGUUGGAACAUUAUCAACGUUUUGUUUCAGUGCCAAUAAUUAUGAGUUCUUCGGUUCCAGAGAAAAUUGAACGUAUUGAGUUGUGUGCAUAUUCUUGUGAGGAUAGAAGCACUAGCCCAAGAGACAAUGAAGAUACUAUCUCUGAAAAAGAAGAAAAUGUUUUAUCUUCUUCUUUGAAGCAUCUAGAUUUCAUUGAAGAGAAGAAUCUUGAUGUAACCAAGGAAACAGUGUUACCUGAGAAUGUUACGUAUCUCUCUAAUGCAGAUUUAAACAAAAGAAGAAAAGAAAUAAGUGAUAUGAAUCCUAGCAUUCAAAGUGCUUUAAUUCUGGAAACUCCACACAUGUAUUUUUCUGACUCUGAAAACAAACUACAAGUAACAGACAAAAGUGAAGAAGAGCAAAUAGAAAUGGUGGCUGUAAAAGGGUAUAGUAAAACUGACACAGAUAGUUCUAUGGAGAGAGUAUCACCUAGUACUUGGUAUAGUGAAAAUAAUCAAGAAGACUGUGAUCUUGCAAAUACUGAACCACUUCAAAAUGAAAAACCCUCACCUGGUGAAAUAGUGGAAGAAAGAGCAACAGUAAAGAAAAAAGCCUUUGGGAAGCAAAAAAGCAAAUCAACUUUGGAAAAGUUCCCAAGACAUGAGCUGUCAAAUUUUGUUGGUGACUGGCCAGUUGAUAAGACUAUUGGUCAGAGGACAAAAAGGAAUAGAAAAACGGAAAAAACUUCAUCUGUACAAAAUGACAAAAAGUAUAAUUACCCUCAGUCACACAAAGUAUUAGUUAACAGUUUAUCUGUGAAUAUAGAUUGUGUCCAGCAACGAGGAUCUCCACAUGAAAGUGUAGAGGAUGGCAGAAAGUCACAGUGUGAUGAUGCUUCAGAGCCACUCAGUAGCUAUAAAUAUGAUGCUUAUAAAAAUAUUGAAAAAAACUCAUUCAACAUUGUGGGUGACUGGCCUUCAUCUGAUUCUUUAGCUCAGAGGGAACACAGAUCAAGAAUGCCAAAGACUGGUUUCAGUGAGCCCAACCUAGAAAUUGGAACAAAUGGCAAAAUGAAUGAAAUAUCAUCAUCUACAGCACAUGAGGCCUGUUGGGGCACAAGUCCUCAAAAACUAAAGACAUUGAGUAGCUCCAAUUUAGGAAGUUCUGAAAUGGUACCCAGUGAAAUGACCUGUGAGAAUCAGACUUGUCUAAGUACAAACAGUCAUGGGCAACACACAUCAUUGCCUCUUACUUUUACCAAUAGUGCACCAACUAUUUCUGGACUAGUGGAACCAGAAACGUUAGCUGAAUGUCAAGAGCAUAUGCCUAAGAGAGACCCUGGAAAAGAAGUGAGAAUGUAUACCCAGACAGAACCACAGGAUUUUGCUCUUUUAUGGAAAAUAGAAAAGAAUAAAAUUAGCAUUUCAGAUUCUAUCAAAGUAUUAACAGGAAGAUUAGAUGGAUUUAAGCCGAAAGUUUUCAGUAUUAACACAAAAUCAGAUGUUCAAGAAGCAAUUCCAUAUAGAGUAAUGUAUGAUAAAAGCACGUUUGUUGAAGAAAGUGAGCUUACCAGUGCAGAUGAAUCUGAAAAUCUUAACAUUCUUUGUAAACUGUUUGGAUCCUUUUCGUUAGAAGCCCUGAAAGACUUAUAUGAGAGGUGUAAUAAAGAUAUUAUUUGGGCCACAAGUCUUUUGUUGGAUUCUGAAACUAAGUUAUGUGAGGAUGCAGAGUUUGAGAAUUUCCAAAAAUCGUGCGAUGGAUCACAAAUUGGGCCUUUUUCUCUGGGGUUGAAUUUGAAAGAAAUUAUUAGCCAAAGAGGAACUUUAGAGAAUUCUAAUUCUCCUGUGCCAGAGUUUAGCCAUGGGAUUGGUAUUAGUAAUGCUAACUCACAGUCUACUUGUGAUGCAGAAAGAGGAAACUCAGAGCAGACGGAAAUGAGAGCUGUUACUCCUGAAAACCAUGAAUCAAUGACAAGUAUAUUUCCCAGUGCUGCUGUGAGUCUGAAGAAUAAUGACGACGUACUUCCUAACAGCCAGGCAGAACUUUUAUAUAGCAGUAAGCAGUCCUUUCCAGGUAUUCCAAAAGCUACUACUACAGAUAUGAGUGAAACAGAAAAAAACCUAGUAGUCACAGAGGCUGGAGACAACAUACAUUCUCCUUCACAUUUUUCUGAUAUUUUUAACUUUGUAUCUAGUACUUCAAAUCUUGAAUUCAAUGAAGAAAUUUAUUUUGCUGACUCUCUUGAAAUAAAGAGAAAUGAAAAAUUUCCAAAGGAUUAUGUGAAAUUUUCAGAUGUAGAAGAAUUUAUGAAUGAAGAUGAGAAGGAAAUGGAGCAAAUCCUAAUGGCAGGAAGUAGUUUAUCAGCUGGAGUUAGCGAGGAAGAUAAUACCGAGAUACUGAAUCCCACUCCAGCGAUGGCCAAAUCUCUGACCAUAGACUGUCUAGAAUUGGCAUUACCGCCUGAACUGGCUUUUCAGCUUAAUGAAUUAUUUGGUCCUGUUGGUAUUGAUUCAGGGUCUCUAACAGUUGAAGAUUGUGUGGUUCAUAUAGAUCUGAAUCUGGCGAAAGUGAUUCAUGAGAAAUGGAAAGAAUCUGUAAUGGAGCGACAAAGACAAGAAGAGGUGUCUUGUGGCAAGUUUAUGCAAGAUCCUUCCUUGGUUGGACAUACUGGGCUUGAUAAUCCUGAACAAAAAUCAUCUCAGAGAACAGGCAAAAAAUUACUGAAGACCUUAGCAGCGUCCGAAAUGCUACCUUUAUUGGAUCAUUGGAAUACUCAAACUAAAAAAGUAUCACUCAGAGAAAUAAUGUCAGAAGAAAUUGCUUUACAGGAAAAACAUAAUUUGAAAAGGGAGACCCUUAUGUUUGAAAAAGAUUGUGCCACUAAACUAAAGGAAAAGCAGCUCUUUAAGAUAUUUCCAGCCAUUAACCAAAAUUUUCUGGUGGACAUUUUCAAGGACCACAACUAUUCAUUAGAACACACAGUGCAAUUUCUUAACUGUGUUCUUGAAGGGGACCCUGUAAAAACAGUUGUAGCCCAAGAGUUUGUUCACCAAAAUGAGAAUGUCACAUCUCAUACUGGCCAGAAGUCUAAAGAGAAAAAGCCAAAGAAAUUAAAAGAGACUGAAGAAACACCAGGUGAACUGUCUUUCCAGGACUUCGAGUACCCAGACUAUGAUGACUACAGAGCAGAGGCCUUCCUUCACCAGCAGAAGAGGAUGGAGUGCUACCGCAAGGCCAAAGAAGCAUAUCGCAUAGGGAAGAAAAAUGUCGCCACCUUUUAUGCCCAGCAGGGUACUCUUCAUGAGCAGAAGAUGAAAGAAGCCAAUCACCUUGCUGCCAUAGAGAUCUUUGAGAAAGUCAACGCCUCGCUGCUGCCACAGAAUGUUUUAGACCUCCAUGGACUGCAUGUGGAUGAAGCUCUAGAACAUUUGAUGAGAGUUUUAGAGAAGAAGACUGAAGAAUUUAAGCAGAAUGGUGGGAAGCCUUAUUUGUCUGUGAUUACGGGGAGAGGAAACCACAGCCAGGGAGGAGUUGCUCGCAUCAAACCAGCUGUCAUUAAGUACCUCAUAAGCCAUAGCUUCAGGUUCUCUGAAAUUAAACCAGGGUGCUUGAAAGUCAUGCUAAAGUAAAAUAGACGUCCUUGAAUUAGAAGUAUGAAGGUUUGUAGGUUAAAAUUACUUUUAUUUGCAGUAAUUCAGUCAAGUCUACCCUAAAGAUGUGUUUUAUUAUAAAUAAUAUUGUUAUGAAAGAAAAAAAUUAUGUUUUUGCAAAAUCCAAGCAAGUUUGAUUUGCUUUUUUACUGAAUCAAAUGCAAAUGUUACCUGUUAAAAAUAUUACAGAGAAAUUUUAUUGAUUACAAAAUAUCUAAGAAAAUUAUCAGCUACAGUUUUAAAGUUUAAAAUGCUCUGAUUGUUUCUCAGAAAAGGUUACCUUCGUAUUAACUGUUGUGUGACAUUUAGAAUGUCCUAAAAGUCUUCUGUGAGAGAUAUUUAAAGUGCUUUGAGACAUGAUUCAUGUCCCUCAAAGGGCAAUAUUAAAAGAAGAAAAAGACAUAGUAGUGGGUAGUAAAGAAAAAAAGGAGAUCUAACAAAAACACUUGAAUAUUUUUUAUUUUGAAAACUAAACACAUAAAAUGCUUUUAUUUCGCCAUAUCCUACAGGAAGGAAGACAUGCUUUUGCCCUUUUUUCUGCUUUGUAUAUGACCUUCAUCUUUUACCUUUUGUUCUGUUCUUCUGUGUGCAUUUUAUAGGAAGAAAGUUGGGUCUGAGAUUAUAUUGUAAUUUCAUACUUUCUAUAGACAGAAAAGUUUUCAGAGAAAAAGAAAUGCUUAAAUAUCUUCCAGAUGUUGCUGCCUUAUCAAAAUGCUUCUAGAACUGUCUGUAUAAGUGAUAUUUCAGACAGUACUAAAUACUUAUAUUUUAUUUUUGAGGCAUGUAAUUUUAAAACUGCAGUAGCUUAAAAUUCUAUUAAACAAAUGUAGAAAAUAUUUUGGUUAUAAUUGGCCUGGUGCGGUGGCCCACGUCUGUAAUCCCAGCACUUUGGAAGGCUGAGGUAGGUGUAUCACCUGAGGUCAGGAGUUCGAGACCGGCCUGGCCAACAUGGUGAAACCCAGUCUCUAUUAAAAAUACAAAAAUUAGCUGGGUGUGGUGGCAUGUGCCUGUAAUCCCAGCUAUUUGGGAGGCUGAGGCAGGAGAAUUGCUUGAACCUGGGAGGCGGAGGUUGCAGUGACCCAAGAUCAAGAUCACACCACUGCACUCAGCCUGGGUGACAGAGCAAGACUCCAUCUCCAAAAAAAAAGAAAAAGAAAAAAAAAAUAUUUUGGUUAUAAUCAUAAGAGGAAUCCUUACAAUUUAAAAUAUUUUCACUUUUGUUUUGAAAAAGAGCCAACUUUCUCAAAGGAAGCUUUCAUUAACUUCUGUCAUUUGGUUAGCUAAUAAAUUCUGUUAGUAUACAAGUUAAAUCUGUAUAAUGAAGGUUAUAAUAUGGUAAAGUGUAAUUUUCCAAUAUGAGACAAUGGCUUAAAUUUGUCUUUGGAGAUGGAGAAUAUUUUCAACAUAUAUAAUUUUAACGAACAGUUUUGUUGCUUUUUGUUAAGCUUUAAAAAAGGAAAUUUGGAUCAGGAAUUAUAGGAUUGAGCUGGUACCAAAAGAAUCCUGAAGUACAGAAUGGUUUUCCAAAAGAGCAAACAUUUCAAUGAAAAUAAAACCCCAAAACAUUUUUUUAUAUAUCAUGAUUGCAUGCUUUUAAAAUAAAGAGGCUUAUCAUUGAAUUUUAGUUCCAUAAAAAUAAAAAUACAUGUUUAUUAUUUAGAAAUGGUGACUGGUAUUGCAGUAUUAUUCACACUUAUGUUUGUAAUAAUUUGUUUAAAGAGUGCCAACAGUUUAGCACACUUUUGUAGUCUCUAGAACAGUUCUAUACAUUAAAAAUAAAGCAAUUCCUUUAAACAACUUACUAUAAAACUAUAAUUGUUAAUGAAAUAAGAUAUUCCUAUGUGUAAAUUAGUAUGAUUUAAAAGUAUGAAAAACAAUGUUAAAAUGUGGAGUUACUGGAAUGUGUGCAGCUGCAUACUAACUAUGUGUUUUUAUAUUUCCUUACCUAGUUUUAAAAAUCAUCACUUUUGGACACUUCAGCUAGACUUAUUUCAAUAUUAUAAUUAUGAUUAAUGAAGGAGCAGUCAAAAGAAGUAGAGGUGUGGUAUUUGUGGGCAGAACUCAAAUGAAAAAAGCUAUAUUGUUUACGUGUUUACUAUAUCAAUGUUAAUAUUAUGCCUUAUUUUGAUAAAUCAUAUAUCUUAAUCAUUGUUGAUAAAUAUACAGGCAAAGUUUGAGUAUCGUGUAUUUUUAUGAAGCUGCUUAAUUCCAAAUUGCCUCCCACGCCACUAUCUAGCAUAGUUUAAGAAACACAUAAUUUUGAAAGAAAAGUUUAUAAUCCCUCCUUUCUUUUUUUCCCCAUUUCUAAAUCCUGUUUGCCCGAGGUAAAUAUAGUUUGGGGAUUAUAAAAGAUUUCUCUAUUACCCGUUUCUAAAUCCUGUAUGUCAAAGAUAGUUUGGAGAUUAUAAAAGUUUUCAUGUAUUGGUGUAGGUUGAGUAUCCCUAAUGAGAAAAUUCAAAAUCUGAAAUGCUUCAAAAUCUGAAACUUUCCGAGCACAGAUAUGAUGCUCAAAGGAAAUACUCAUGGAGCAUUUUGGAUUUUACAUUUGUAGGUUGGCGAUGCUCAACAAGUCAAUAUAAUGCACAUGUUCUAAAAUCUCCCCCCAAACCCUAGCAAUCCAAAACACUUCUGGUCCUUAUUUUAAGUAGGGGAUACUCACUCAACCUGUAUAUUUGUGCCAAUACAUGACUCAUUAGAAUGAUUCUUUGUAAACUUAAUAUUUUAAAAGUACAGCACUUCUGUAGUUUGGAAGGUUUCAGUAAUAAUUAAAUUCAUUCAGUAGUCUCUUACCCUUAUCUCCCAGAUGGAAAAAGAGAACUAAUGUGGAAACCCCAGACGGUGUCCAGUUGGACCAGGGCGACAUUAGACACUUAACAGUAUUUUCAGUCUGUCAGUCUCUUUACUACAAUGAGCAAAAUGGAAGUGUUUUUUUUUUUUUUUUUUACAUUUAUUGGCUCUUCAUAUUUCUCUACAUUAUUUAUAAGUUGCAGUUUCUUCAGUUGGUUAGUAUUUCCAUACUGUUUGCAAUUUUAUGGCCUUUAAAUAUAGGACAUAUUAUAUAGUAGAAAUUUUGACUUUAAAGCAUCUUGAGUAGUAUAUUUUGAGAAGAAAAGCUGUGCUGCUCUUCUGGAUGUUUUCCAUCCUUUAUUUAGGUCUUUUCUUUUUGAAUUCAAGUGUUUUGUAUGCUUAGAAAGUGGACAUGUAUAACAGCGAGAUUGGUUAUUUCUGAGCUAGACAUUGGAAACUUUUGAAUUUUGAAACUCAGGAAAUUGCUCUGACAAUGUUUUAACUGCUCUCAAUUUAAGAAAAUGACUAAAUGUAUAAAAAAGACAAAAACCACAUGUGCUGUUUUUUCAAAGUGCUUUUUCUAAGUGCUUUUGCAUUGUGCAAUGAGGUGAAGUUUGGUAAUUUUUCUGUGAAGUAGUUAAAUAUUGCUCAUUUUUAUUUCCAUGCAAAGAAAACAGAUUUAAAUGUUUAUGUGGCCAAAAAGUGUCAUUUAAAAGGUAGUUUGUGUAGAAUGUAUGUUCAUGGUGCUUAUUUUUAAAAUGUAAUUCAAGUUUACAGUAUUACUCAAUGCUUCUUUACAGAAUUUAAUAGAGAAACAAGGCUAGAACACAUCUACAUCCUGAAGAGCCGUUUAUAACUUCAUAUUAUAUGAUGACAAAGUUCAUUAUUUUCCUUAAAGUUGAGCAAUUGACUUUUAUGGUCCAAUGAUGAACUUAUUAUUAAUAAACGAUUGGAUUAACUGUGAGGCUUCUCAUUAAAAUACAAUAUUGCAGCUAUCAGUUGGAGAAUAUAUUAUAAAAUUUUCAGAUGGUAUAUCAGAAAAAUGUUUUUAUUUGUACUGUAAAGAAAAUGUAAUUUUGCUGUUAACUCUGUACUUUUUAAAUUGAAAAUGUUUUAUAAAUUUGCUUUUAAAAUUUCUUAUGAAGCCAUUUGCAAAUUACAUACUUAAUUUAAUAAAAUACUUUAGCCACA